CACACACACACACCAUGGCAACACAAAAUGCUCCAUCCCAACCGCAACCCAUCCCAGUUGUAAACGAAGUCGACCCGAAACUUUUCGAGGAAAAAUUUGGCCUCGGAGUAUGGCAUGCGCUCUCGCAAUGGAGCGCCCUCACCAAAGCCGUGCAAGAAGGCUGGGGCGGUGGCAACACGUCUGAAAAGCGCGACUGGUUCGCGGGUGCCAUCGCCGACCAACUACUGAAAGACCCCACCACGCCCGGCGAUGAGAUACAGUUCAUGCUGCUGGACGUCAUGUCCGCGGAAUUCGAUGUGGACGUUGAGGACGACAGUGAAGAGACAGUGGUAGCAAAUAUCCUGAAAGUGUGGAAGGAGUGCACGGAAGGUAUCUUCGCGACUGUGGAUGAGUGGCAGAGGCUGUGGACCGAGAGGCAGGGACGGGAGGAAAUUGUAAAGGGCGAGGUUGAGGACAGAGAAGAGGAGGCUGACAGCGAUGAAUACAACAGUGAUGAUGAUGAUGUAAACAUGGAUGAGGCGCCUGCGCUUAUACACGCAACCAAGAAAGAUCCACGCGUCCCAGAGAUUGACGAAGAUGGAUUUGAGAAAGUAGUAUCAAAGAAGAAAAGGUGAGAGCAUGCCGUGUUCACUUUUACUCUGCAUUGCUGGCGUUGGAUGUGCCGGUAAGGCCAUAGAUAUGGAUUAUGGCGUCAAUAUGGAAAAGCAAACGGUCGUGCCAUUCGAGCAUCUAUGGCUUGAUUCAACUGUCUCUCAUCUAAUUUUGAUGCCACGCUAUG